UACACCGGAAACAUUACGCCACGCAUUUGUCUUGCGCCAGACCCGGAUAAGAGAGACGACACUAGAGAAGACUAGACGGGAACCAGGGAUAUCACCAGACGAAUACAGAUCGCAAAGCAAACCCCCCAAAACGAACAAACCAUGCCCUACUACGAGUCGAGCCAGGAAUGGCUCCGGCAAUCCGCACUCCUGAUAGAAGCGCGGCCGAGCACCACACGCAUAACAACAAACUACCACCUAACAGACAAGACCGGCUCGUCCAAAAAGCGCCAAAAGAGACGCCAACAAGCCCUCGAAGAAGCAAAACAACAACAACAACAACAACAAUCCUCCACUACUACUACUACCACGACGACGACACCAGCACAGCCCCGCGCAUCUCUAACCAUCAAGACCUACGACCCGUGCUCAGGCGCCUGCCUGAAGUACCGCACGACGAAGGCGGCCGAGGUAUCCCGUCUGAUCCUGUCCAUCGGCCAACUAGGCCGGAAGAUGGCCGCGCUGCCCGCCGACACAACGACAGACGUCGCUAUGGCCGAUGCUGUCGAGGAGGUUGUCGGGACGCCUGGCGUGGAGAAGGUCGAGUCUACGGCAGGUGCUGCUCCAGUUGCAGGUGGUAGUGCUAAGACCCAGGCGCCGGCCCAAGGACAAGGACAGACGGGCGGUGGUGGUGGAAAGGGGAAGAAGAAGCGCGGCAAGAAAUAGAAUAGAGCAUUGCGGAUGAUAGUUAGGAUAGAUCAUGAAACGUAAAUAUACGAGCAUAGCCCAAACCUGCCUGACAAGUCCACAGAGGCGCCUAUUAACUACAUCGAUUUCACGUUC